AACCAGCCUACCCAGCUCACGCUUCCACCGCCAAGGCGCCGCUCCUUUAAGACUCCCGGAAGCGGGCCGCGGGGACCGGAUGUGACCCUCUUUAUUUCUCCUCAUCAUGUGAUGCGGGAGGGAAGUGACGCGUGCGCCCUGGGAGUUGUGGACGCGGAGGCCGACAGUCCGGAGUCGCGGUCGCCGCGGAGUUUUCGGGACAGGAACCCACAGCGCUGCGUCUAGAUUCUGCAGGGGAGGUGUGCUGGGACCACGGCCCCAGCCAGCCAGCAAAAUGGCGGCCACCCUGGAUCUGAAAUCAAAGGAGGAGAAGGAUGCUGAGUUGGACAAGAGGAUUGAGGCCCUUCGGCGGAAGAACGAGGCCCUUAUCAGGCGCUACCAGGAGAUUGAGGAGGACCGGAAGAAAGCAGAACUCGAGGGGGUGGCGGUGACAGCCCCCAGGAAGGGCCGCUUGGUGGAGAAGGAGAAUGUGGCGGUUGAGGUGGAGAAGAGCCUGCGUCCAUCCCGGAGGUCUCCUGGGACUCCUCGGCCCCCAGGGCCCAGCAAAGGGAGCCGGACCCCUCCCCAGCGGGGAGGCCGGGCAGGUGCGGGCCAGGCAGCCCGCAGCUGGGAAGAGAGUCCCGGGGAGCAGCCUCGAGGAGGAGCUGGGGGCCGCGGCCGGAGGGGCCGGGGCAGAGGGGCCCCUCAUCUCUCUGGGGCUGGAGACGCCGCAACCACCACUGCUGACCGCAAAUCCAAGGAGUGGGAGGAGCGGCGCCGGCAGAACAUUGAGAAAAUGAACGAGGAGAUGGAGAAGAUUGCAGAGUACGAGCGGAACCAGAGGGAGGGGGUGCUGGAGCCAAACCCGGUGCGCAACUUCCUGGACGACCCCCGGCGGCGCAGCGGGCCCCUGGAGGAGCCUGAGCGAGACCGCCGAGAGGGCAGCCGCCGGCACGGGCGCAACUGGGGGGGCCCUGACUUCGAGCGGGUGCGCUGCGGCCUUGAGCAGGAACGGCAGGGCCGCCGGGCUGGCCUGCGAGGUGCUGGCGACAUGACGCUGUCCAUGACCGGCCGGGAGCGGUCAGAGUACCUGCGGUGGAAGCAGGAGCGGGAGAAGAUCGACCAGGAGCGGCUGCAGAGGCACCGGAAGCCCACCGGCCAGUGGCGGCGGGAGUGGGAUGCUGAGAAGACCGACGGGAUGUUCAAGGAUGGCCCAGCCCCUGCACUUGAACCAUCCCACCGCUAUGAUAACCAACCCUGGGCCCGGCCCCCUAAGCCCCCCACUUUUGGGGAGUUCCUAUCCCAGCACAAAGCUGAGGUCAGCAGACGCAGGAGGAGAAAGAGCAGCCGUCCUCAGGCCAAGGCUGUCCCCCGUGCCUACAGCGACCACGAUGACCGUUGGGAGACAAAGGAGACAGUGUCCCCGGCCCCUGAGCCCCCCCAGCCCACUCCCCCCGAGGAGUUGCACACACAGCCACCCGAGGCUCCUGCCCCUGCCCACCGGCCUCCUGAAGACGAGGGGGAAGAGUACGAGGGGGAGGAGGACGAGGAGUGGGAGGACAUAAGUGAGGAUGAGAGUGAGGAGGAGGAGGAGGAGAUGGAGGAGGAUGAAGAGGGUGCGGAGGAGGAGGAAGAAACUGCCCCAGACCACCACCCCCAAGAGGCCGACUCCACUGGGCACCCUGCCAGUGAGCCGGCCGACCCAGCACCUUCCACGCCCGAGGAGUCCCUGCUGCUUGCCCAGGCCCCUGCCACACCGACCAGCCCCUUCUCGCCCCCUGGGGGCCACCAGCCUGUAUCCGACUGGGGUGAAGAGAUGGAGCUGAACUCCCCCCGGACCGCCCACCCGGCUGGUGCCCUUUCUCCGGGAGGUGACCAGCCGGCUUCCGCCUCCGUGGAGAGUGGGCCCAGCCUCCCAGGAAGCCAGAAAGCUGAAGAGAAGGGGUCUGAGGCAGCUUCAGAGGCAGGCCCCGAGGCCCAUGAGACGGCGGAGAUCACCGACUUCCAGAGGGCCUCCCCGAAUUCCUGAAGACGCUGCUGGGAGGGUCCUGAAGCACCCUCGCCUUGAUAGGGGGGC